AUGCGUCAGUGCGACCUGACAACGGGAGGAGAAGAAUCAGCGAAGGAAGAUCCAGAGGAGACGGCAGUGUUCCUCAACGCUAAGACGGGAGCAGACAGCGGACAGGAGCAGGGCUCACGCAGGGCUUACCAGGGAGAGAGAGAGGACCAGCACCUGGCGGAGACAGCGGCGUUCCUGCACAGGGACUCAGCGCUGACAGCCGCCAUGUGCGACAGGGAGCAGGAGGGCCCUGAUGGCAGGGAGCCAGCAUGCGUGCUGUGUCGCCGUGCAGAGGCUGACCCGGACAUCUGCGGCGACAAACUAGAGAAAUACGGGCUCUACGCCCAUUUGUUCUGCUUGUAUUUUGCCACGUUGCUUUUUCGGCAAGCAAAUAAACGUGUUGGACUCCUGGGUUUUCUGCAUCAAGAUAUCCAGCUUGCAGUCAGGCGGGCUGCACAGAAGCACUGCUGCGUCUGUGGCCAGAGCGGGGCCACCAUCUUGUGCUGGAAGGAAGACUGCAACAGAUGGUUCCACCUGCCCUGUGCCAAGGAGGGCGGCUGUAUCACACAGUAUAUUGCCCCAUACAGGACCUACUGCCCUGAGCACCGUCCAGUGCAGAUCGUGCAGGUGACUCCAGAGCUGGGCACUGAAUGCCCCAUCUGCAUGGAGCCAGUGGAGGAUAGAAAGACCUUCAAGACCAUGGUGUGCCCAGUGUGCAAAAGAGCCUGGUUCCACAGGGACUGCCUCCAGGGACAGGCCUUGUGUGCUGGUCUUUUGUACUUCCGCUGCCCUCUCUGCAGAGAUCAUGAGACAUUCCUUGUGGAAAUGUUUGUCAUGGGGAUCCGAAUCCCCAUCAGACAGCCAACAUGGGAGGACAACAAUGCCUUUGCGGAUCUAGGAGAGAGGCACGGGAGGUGCAAUGUCAGGGAAUGCCUUUACCCAAGAGGCAGGGAGGAGGCAGAGGAAGAGGGGCCCUGGGAGCUGCUCCUGUGCUCCUCCUGUGCUGCUGAGGGCACCCACAGGCGCUGCUCUGGCCUAACAGUGAGGACAACCCACUGGGAGUGUGACAGCUGUGCUGGUCUCGGCACAGGUAUGAGGCAAAGCACCGGGUGUCCCUGGGCUGGGGCCAGUGCCCUGGCUGGGCAUGGCAAAGCCCAUGGGCUCCUGGAGGGCUGGGGGCAGUGUUCUGGCUCCAGGGAUGAGCCAGAGCUCAAUGGCCCCAGCCUGAUCAGUCACUCAGGACUGGAAUCUUCUCAGGGCCUCUCAGAAUCUGAGGCCACCAGCCCCAGCUCCAGCAGCCCGGUGUCAUCGGGUCUGGCUCCCCGUUCUCCGUCUCCAGAGACCAGCAGCCACAGCAGCCCCCAGCAUGCAGCCUCUUCCUUGGCAGACACCGGCAGCCCUAGCACAUCAAGGCCAAGACACAGCAGCUCCAUGGACCCUGAGGACAGGGUCCAUUCCAGGCAUGCUGGGCCUGACCGCAGGCGAAACCGCUCUCGCCAGCAAAGUCGGGCCCCAAAUAGACACGUCCGGUCACGGAGUCACCGUGACAGAAGCAGCAGGACAAGACCAAGGGCUGAGAGGCCCAGGCGAAGGGAGACACCCUCGCAGGCUUCCCCCAGGUGCAGCUGCUCCUGCUGUCAAGCUCGGGCCUUAAGUCCACCUGUCCGGUCAAGGAGUCACUGUGACCAGAGCAGGAGGACAACAUCAAGGGCAGAGAGGCCCAGGCAAAGGCAGACACCAUCAAGGGCAGCCCCCAGACUCAGCCGCUCCCGCCAGGAAGCUCAGGCCCAGAGUCCACCUGCUCGGUCGAGGAGUCGCCGAGACAGGAGCAGGAGGACAACAUCAAGGGCAGGGAGGCCCAGUCGAAGGGAGACACCAUCGCAGGCAGCCCCUAGACGCAGCCGCUCCCGCCUGCAACGUCAGGCCUCAAAUCGACCUGUCCUGUCCAGGAGUCGCCAGGACAGGAGCAGGAGGACAGCAGCAAGUGCUGAGAGGCCCAGGCAAAGGGAGACAUCCUCGGGGACAUGCCCCAGACGCAGACAUUCCCGCCUGCAACGUCAGGCCUCAAAUCGACCUGUCCUGUCCAGGAGUCGCCAGGACAGGAGCAGGAGGACAGCAGCAAGUGCUGAGAGGCCCAGGCGCAGGGGCACAUGGUCGGAGAUGUCCCGCUGGAACAACCGCUCCCACCAGCCACAUCGGGCCUCAACUCGGACCUCUAACAGCAGCAUGUAG